AGUUCUCCCACAACGUGGAAGAACUGGACUCAAAUCUGGGAUUUUUAUACAUGGAGUUUCUUCCCAUGAAUCAUGGAUUCUCUCCAGGCCUUCUAACGAGACACCAUUGGAUCCAGCUGUGUUAAACCAGGGAGAGAACUAUAUCAUGCCCGAUACCGGACCCUGAGGACCAACUUUGGACACCCCUGGUGUGCCAUUUACAGCUUAAUAACCCAGUUGGUGGUUUCCUGUGGUUUGGAGGUCAAAACCAAAUUUCCACCACAACAUCAGAACAUCCGCUGUGAAUCUACUCAAACGGUGGCCCGUCCCUUAAAAAUGAAGAGCAAAAAUAUAUUCGGUUGCUGCUGUGGACAGGAAGUCUGAAUCUAACACUUCACUGUGGUCAAAGCUGCUCCUGCAUACUUUAUUAACGCUGAGUAAAAGGGGAGGAAACACAGGCACAUUAGAGAAUGACAGUUUUUUAGUGCCUUAAAUGCAACCUCUGUUUUUGUUUUUAGUACUUUAGCGAGAGCAAAGUGCAGCUGCUCCAAUUAGCUGUGCAGCAGAUCUGGAAGUGAACAUGGGGGAAACUUUACUCUGCAGACUGGGCUUCUUUUUGUUGUGGUCCCUCUGCUGUGGAUAUCCUGAAGCAGAUAAACCCAGAGCCAAACUGACAGCAGACAGAACAAUCAUACCAGCAGGGGGCAGCAUAACACUGAGCUGCUCUGUGGACGAAUCUGAUGACUGGAAGUUUGACUGGUUCAGAAAUGAUCAACAAUAUUCUGUAGCUCGGUUCAGAGGAACCAGUGAACCAAACAGAGUCAUCAGUGUCUCAGAGGGAGGAGAGUACAGCUGCAGAGGAGGAAGAGGAGAUCCAGUUUUUCAUACAGAAAAAAGUAACGUUCAGAAAAUUGUGUCUGGGCCGACUGUGAACCGGCAUCCCAGCUGGCCUGUUGUAUUCAGAGGAGAGACGGUCACUCUGAGAUGUGAGAUGCAGGAUGAUGAAGGAACUCAGUGGACGUAUGAAUGGAGUCCAAGCAACAGAAAAUCUCCAACAUCCAAUGAAUACAGGAUCAGCAGAGUCUCUAAGUCUGACAGUGGGAGCUACUGGUGUAAGGCUAGUAAAGGCUAUCAGAGAUCAGGCUGGAGCUCUGAAUUUAAACUGACAGUGAAAUCAAAUGGACCCAAAGCCUCAAUAAAAGCAAGUCCUAACAUCAUACCAGCAGGGGGCAGUGUAACACUGAGCUGCUUUAUUUACAUCGGUGUUGGCUGGAAGUUUGACUGGUUCAGACUGGAGUCCAAGUCUUCUACAGCUCAGCCCAUCAGAACCAAUGAAUCGGAUGGAGUCCUCUCCAUCUCAGAGGGAGGAGAGUACAGCUGCAGAGGAGGAAGAGGAGAUCCAGUUUUCUAUACUGAGACCAGCAGAGAGGUCACUAUUGAGAAAACAGUUCCCAUUACACCAACUGUGAUCCAACAACCCAAUUGGGCCCAGAUCUACAGAGGAGAGAGAGUCACUCUGAGAUGUGAGAUCCAGGAUGAUGGAGGAACUCAGUGGACGUAUGAAUGGAAACCAAACAAUAUAAACUCUCCAACAUCCAGUGAAUUCAUGAUCACUGCUGAUAGCAGAGGAGAUUAUAAAUGCAGAGGAAGAAGAGACAGUUUCACCUUCACAAAGUGGGGAGUCAUCACAUUAACAAUGUUCUCAGAUGAACCCAGAGCCAAACUGACAGCAGACAGAACAAUCAUACCAGCAGGGGGCAGCAUAACACUGAGCUGCUCUGUGGACGAAUCUGAUGACUGGAAGUUUGACUGGUUCAGAAAUGAUCAACAAUAUUCUGCAGAUCAGUUCAGAUCAAUCAAUGAACUGUACAGAGUCAUCUAUGUCACAGAGGAAGGAGAGUACAGCUGCAGAGGAGGAAGAGGAGAUACAGUUUUUAAAACUGCAUUUAGUGGUAAAGUCUCUGUUCUGAGAACUGUUUCCAAGCCGACUGUGAUCCUACAACCCAAUCGGCCUGUUGUAUAUAGAGGAGAGAAAGUCACUCUGAGAUGUGAGAUCCAGGAAGGAGGAAGAACUGAGUGGACGUAUGAAUGGAAAAGAAACAAUGGAAACGCUGAAAUAAGUUCCAAUGCAUACAGGACCAUUACAGUCUAUAAAUAUCACAGUGGAGAGUACAGCUGUAUGGCUAGAGGAGAUCAUGAGCUAACAGAAUGGAGCGAUGCCGUCACACUGACAGUGAGACCAGAUGAACCCAGAGCCAAACUGACCGCAGACAGAACAAUCAUACCAGCAGGGGGCAGCAUAACACUGAGCUGCUCUUUGGACGAAUCUGAUGACUGGAAGUUUGACUGGUUCAGAAAUGAUCAACAAUAUUCUGUAGCUCGGUUCAGAGGAACCAGUGAUCCAAACAGAGUCAUCAGUGUCUCAGAUGAAGGUGUUUACAGCUGCAGAGGAGGAAGAGGAGAUCCAGUUUUUCAAACGGAAAACAGCAACCAAGUCUUCGUUCAGAAAACUGUUUCCAAGCCGACUGUGAUGAUACAGCCCAGUGGACCUGUUGUAUAUAGAGGAGAGAAAGUCACUCUGAGAUGUGAGAUCCAGGAAGGAGGAACAGGAACUGAGUGGAUGUAUGAAUGGAAAACAAACAAUGGAAACGCUCAAAGAAGAUCCGGUGAAUACAGGACCAUUACAGUCUAUAAAUAUCACAGUGGAGAGUACAGCUGUAUGGCUAGAGGAGAUCAUCAGCUAACAGAAUGGAGCGAUGCCGUCACACUGACAGUCAGACCAGAUAAACCCAGAACUAAACUGACAGCAGACAGAACAAUCAUACCAGCAGGGGGCAGCAUAACACUGAGCUGCUCUGUGGACGAAUCUGAUGACUGGAAGUUUGACUGGUUCAGAAAUGAGCAACAAUAUUCUGUAGCUCGGUACAGGUCAAACGAUGAACUGUACAGAGUUAUUUAUGUCUCAGAUGAAGGUGUUUACAGCUGCAGAGGAGGAAGAGGAGAUCCAGUUUUUCAUACAGAAAAAAGUAACGUUCAGAAAAUUGUGUCUGGGCCGACUGUGAACCAGCAUCCCAGCUGGCCUGUCGUAUUCAGAGGAGAGACGGUCACUCUGAGAUGUGAGAUGCAGGAUGAUGAAGGAACUCAGUGGACGUAUGAAUGGAGUCCAAGGAACAGAAACUCUCCAACAUCCAAUGAAUACAGGAUCAGCAGAGUCUCUGAGUCUGACAGUGGGAGCUACUGGUGUAAGGCUAGUAAAGGCUAUCAGAGAUCAGACUGGAGCUCUGCCUUUAAACUGACAGUGAACUCAAAUGAACCCAAAGCCUCAAUAAAAGCAAGUGAUAACAUCAUACCAGCAGGGGGCAGUGUAACACUGACCUGCUUUAUGGACAUCGGUGUUGGCUGGAAGUUUGACUGGUUCAGACUGGAGUCCAAGUCUUCUACAGCUCAGCCCAUCAGAACCAAUGAAUCGGAUGGAGUCCUCUCCAUCUCAGAGGGAGGAGAGUACAGCUGCAGAGGAGGAAGAGGAGAUCCAGUUUUCUAUACUGAGACCAGCAGAGAGGUCACUAUUGAGAAAACAGUUCCCAUUACACCAACUGUGAUCCAACAACCCAAUUGGGCAAACAUCUACAUAGGAGAGAGAGUCACUCUGAGAUGUGAGAUCCAGGAGGAUGGAGGAACUCAGUGGACGUAUGAAUGGAGACCAAACAAUAUAAACUCUCCAACAUCCAGUGAAUUCAUGAUCACUGCUGAUAACAGUGGAUAUUAUGGCUGCAGAGGAAGAAGAGACAGUUUCACCUUAACAAAGUGGGGAGUCAUCACAUUAACAGUGUUCUCACCCAAACCUCAGCCUGUCCUCUCUGUGUCUCCAUCAUGGCCGAAUCCUGGAGCCUCAGUGACUCUGAGCUGUGAGAGUUUGGAGCUUCAAUCAGCAGGAUGGAGGUUCUUCUGGCAUAAAGCUGUUCCUGAUAUAUCCAGCAGUACCUACAGAUUUGACCUGCUGCCUGGCAGCACCAAUGGGACUGAGCAGAACUCCUUCAUCAUUAAUGGACCGACUCACACAGCAGGAUUUGUGUGCAGAGCAGGAAGAGGAGAACCAAAGUUUUACACUGAUUACAGUGAACCAAUGUUUGUCUGGUCUGCAGACUCUCAUCCAGCAGCUUCUCUCUCAGUGAGUCCUGACAGAGUUCAACAUUUAAUGUAUCAGUCUGUCACAAUGAAAUGUGGUGGGAACGACACCAAGUGGAGAAUGAGGAGGUUUACAGAAUCAACCAGUCCAACAUACGUUCAAUGCUCCAACUGGGGGAAGAUGGAUGGAUCCUCAUGUACCAUUAACACACUGGAGGAUCACAGUGGAGUUUACUGGUGUGAGUCUGGAUCUGGAGAAUUCAGCAACGCAGUCAACAUCACUGUACAGGAUGAUUAUUAUGAUGGUGUUAUCCUGGUGAGCCCUGUUCAUCCUGUGACUGAAGGAGAUCCUGUUACUCUGAGCUGCAGAGAUAAAAAACAAAAUCUUCUCUCCAAUGUGUUUUUCUAUCAUAAUAAUAAACUCAUCAAUAAUGACGGCAGAGAGGAGCUGAAGAUCUCUGCAGUGUCAAAGUCAGAUGAAGGUUUCUACAAAUGUCAACAUUCAGGAAAAGAGUCACCAAGUAGCUGGAUGUCUGUUAGAGUAACCGAGUCCAGUCCUGUCGGCUCCUCGUCUCCUUUACUGCUGAUCAUUGGACCCAUUAGUGGAAUCGUUCUGAUUAUUUUCCUGCACUUGUUGUGGCGCUGCAGACAGCCCAGAGAUUUAUGCUCUUUCAGAUCAGAGAAAAACAAUCAGAGGUCGACCACCAAUCACAGAGCAGAGAUUGAGAUCAGUGAUAAUAACGCUCCUUCUCAAGGUGUUCCUCUCUAUGAAUCAGUCAAGCCUUCUGAAGCCACCGCAGCUGCUGAACCCAGAGAAAUAACGUACGCCAUGAUUCAGGUCAAAAAGCUCCGAAAAAAGAAAAAACCCCGUAAACCCGAGGAACGCGUUAUUUACGCUGAAGUGAAAACAAGAGCUGCAGAACUCGCUCCAACUUACGCUGAAAUCAAUAAGAAGAAAGUCAAGCAACACAGGAAAGAACUCGCUCCAACUUACGCUGAAAUCAAUAAGAAGAAAGUCAAGCAACACAGGAAAGAAAAACCUGCAGCAACAGAUGAAUCAGUUUAUUCUGAAAUCAAAUCAGGAGCAACUCUGGAAGAUGAAUCUGCCUUGUAGCACACCAUGCUCUCUUUCUCUUUUAUAUAUAUGUAUAUAUAUUCCCCACUAGGGAAAAGGGUGUAAGAAAAUGGAUGGAUAAUAUGCUUAGAAGUUCAUGUACAUGCUUCAUGCUUCAUAGAAUAUCUAUUUUGGUACUUUUAAAUAUAAUUAAUAUAUGUCUCUGAUCCAAAAUGCUGCAAAAGUGUGAAAUAUAUGAUAAUUUAUUUCCUCUAUUGCACAAUUAAAACAUAUCUAACUGUAUUAGGUAAAAAUGAUACUGUAAGGGUAUCAGUAUUAAAGUCUGUCUUUUUUAAAUUAACUAUAGCAUUGUAUUAUAUCGCAGUCUAAGCACUGUGGACUUUUUCAUGAUUUUUCUAUGUGCUCUUAAUGUAAUGUUUGUUGUUUCCUAUUUCUUCAAUGCUGAAGACAAAAGAUGGGAAUAAUUGGCUGAAGUUAAAAGAUGAAAAAAUAAAUGAUGUUACUAUUUAGAUUAAGCUUUAAAAACAGCUAAGCUGUCUUUAUUUAUUUUUUUUUUUUACAAACAUGUUACAUUUAAUAAAUAAAUAAAAUAUGUCCCAUUUUAAUGUA